GACUUGGCAGCUUCUGUCCCUCUGGCUAGUGCCUGCCAGCUUUAUUGAGAAGGAUGUGGGGGCAAUGAGGAGUAAUGCUAUCAUCUUUGACAGAUGCAACCUCUCAGCCAUCCUGAAGGACAAUGGAUUGGAAGGAUUUUCAGGCACCACAAUAGCAGAGUGGAUUUGUUUGGUGUUUCAUAGCAGUGGCUUUGAUACCUCAGCCCUCAAUGUGGGACCAAGGGCUACCAAUCAUGGGAUCUUCUUGCUAAGCGCAAAGUGGUGGUGUGACGAUUUCAAGACACCACAUGCACGCAAUUAUUGCAACUUAAGUUGUGAAGCCCUGCAGGAUGAUAACAUUACUGAUGAUAUUCAAUGUGCCAAGAGAGUUGUCCAAAAAAGCAAGAGCUUUGCAGCAUGGACUUCCUGGAGCAUACACUGUAAAGGACAAGAUCUGAGGAAAUAUAUUGCAGGCUGUGACCUGGAAGAAGUCACAUUUUCACCGCCAGUCUCAGAAAAAGACUUUACUAGUGACCAGAGGCCAAAGACUACCCACCCAGGAGUAGAUCUUCUGACUACUCCUUUCCGAGACAUAUACCCUGAAGAACCUACUCUCCCAUUUAAAAAAUGGCCUAAUUCUGAGCUUCCAGCCAUGGGUUCUUCAAAGCCUACAGUUUCUAUAAGAAAGUUCCCAAAUACCACCUUCCUAUCUGAGAAUCUUCCAAAAUCUAACAUUUCAGUCAAAGAGGAUUCUCCAGGAUUCGCCCUCUCGACACGUAGUCCCUUAAAGCCCUCUGUUACAUUAGGGGAAGCCCCAAAUUCCAUCCCACCCAAGAUUCCUCCAGAACCUACAGCCUCCAUCAAUGAGACUUCAAACUCCACCCUCCAAGCAGUUGAUCCCAAAAAGUAUUCGGUCCCAUCGCCUAAUCAUGCAAAACCCAGCAUUUUUUAACAACGCAUAGAAGAACAAAUGGUAAAACUAGUUUUUUUUUAAAAAAAAAAAUCAUAUUGUAUCAAAGUUGCCAUGAAUGUGCAGUGAAAUUGCAGUAUCUUUUCCUAGCAUGGAGCCAUAAUACUCUUCUUUGGGGAUAGUGGUGUCAUUUAUUUAUUACAUUCUUCAUUUAUAAGUGAUAUUCUAUACAUGAAAAUAAUGUUCUCAAUAGAAUUAGAUAAACUGAUAUGGUUAGAAAAAGCAAGGUUUGUGUAUAAUAUGAAAACGU